GACCAAGUCAGCAUGAUGUCAUGGGAUGAGGUGCGCUCUCCCUGGCAAGGUUGAAACAGGCGUUUUGGCGAGAGGUUAUAACAAUUUCUUCUCAACUCUUUACCAAGAGAGAGAGAGAGAGAGAGAGAGGGAGGGGGGGAGAGAGGGAGAGGGAAGAGAGAGAGAGAAAGAGAGAGAGAGAGAGAGAGGCGCGGAGGAGCUGCAAAACAUGGUAAUCACCAGCAGCACCAUCAUCACCACCACCAUCACCUCCAGCUCUGCCGCGCACUCUCCCGUCUCCUCUCCUCCUCUGCGCCGGGGCUUGCGUUUCAUGCCCGAAGAUCUGCGCUCCCAAAAUAACCCUCAGCCAGCAUGCCGAAGAAAGCAAAACAAGAAGAGUGGUAUUUUUAGGGUCAUUAAUUUCGACCACGUGGUCCGAAGGUAAACCGGAUGGCCGUUGCGCAAAGGUUCCUCGUCAGUAUGUCCUGCGAGGCCGGCACGCCGCACUGGACACUGACCGCGGCGGUUCUCCUGGGCUUUCUGCUGGGGGUCGUGUCCGCGUACCCGUUACCGAGCGGCAGGACGAAUGCAACUUCGCUGGAGAGACGCUGGGAAACCCUCUUCUCCCGCUCGGUGCUGGGCAUCUCCGGGGAGAAACCGGAGGUGAACUGGGAGAGUGACUAUCUGCUGGGCAUCAAAAGAGUGCGGAGGCUCUACUGCAACGUGGGCAUCGGGUUUCACCUUCAGGUCCUCCCCGACGGCAGGAUAAACGGUGCACAUAAUGAGAACCACUACAGUCUCAUAGAGAUCUCCACGGUGGAGAGAGGAGUCGUGAGCCUCUAUGGCGUGAGGAGUGAGUUGUUUGUCGCAAUGAACAGCCGGGGAAGGUUAUACGGAACGGUAGACAGUCUUCCGCGACGAGUGCAAGUUCAAGGAGAGCAUGCUCGCCAACAACUACAACGCCUACGAGUCUCUGCUCUACAGAGGCUUCUACAUUGCGCUCAGCAAGCACGGCCGCGUGAAGAGGGGCAACCGGGCCACCACUGCCAUGACUGUGACGCACUUCCUGCCCCGGAUAUGACGAAAGCGAAUACUGGCAAUAACAAAAAAAAAAACUUUAUUUGCACAUGUGGAUUAUUUCCCAGGUAACAUUAAUGUCAUAAUAUACGUACGUACAAAACACAAAAGACGACAUGGACUUUUAAAAAGAGAGAAAUGCGACUAUAUAUCUGAUAGUAUUUAUUCAAACUUUAUAUGUAUAUUUGGGUAUAGCUCACUUUGUAUGAGGAAACUAUGGAAAUGCCAUUCUUUGCUGCUUUUACUAUGAUUUUCAUCAUUUUUGUGAUAUGAAGGCGAUGGAGAGACAUCAUUUGUCCCCUCACUUUUUUUUUUUUAAUGGGUGCUUUUACUGGAAUUGUCUUUUUGCCCCCAUCAGUGGAUGACAGUUCACCCUUUUUUUGGACAUUAAACGGACACAUUAUUACCUCAAAGUACCAUAACCUGAGAGGAAGCGGGAGAAGAAAUGUGUGCGUGAGCUUUCUACGUUUUUUUCCGUCAGUAACUCGGACACAUUUUCCGCUCACUGUGUUUGAUUGUGUCGGCCGCUGUCCGGGCAACGAGAGCACUUAGAGAUACGGCGGUGGGUUUUUCUUGCUUUGUCAUGAGGUGGCGGUCGUUGAAUUCCUACUCGCUGACCCCCCACCUUCCCGACUCCCACCCCCCGCCAUCCAUGUAUGCAUGUGAGAAACGUGGUGCUCAAGUCAGAAAUAGGAAUGAAACACAAGUCGUCACUCCCUCAGACACCACCGGCCUAAUUCCUAGAGGGCCAGAGAUUUCUCUACUUUAUUUUUCUUUCCAUAAUUAGAUCAAUUAAGUAAUGGAGACCCUAUGCUGCGCAGGACCCAGUGGAGCCUCUUGUUAAUAUGGAAGGCCAGAUUUAGAGUCCCACCCCCUGCCCCCCUACCUCCAUCAUGUCCAAGGGAGCUUUGACAAUCCCAGGUUUUUGCUUUCACCAACUUUGUAGCCAGAUCAGAUACUGUAUGAGUGAAAAUACACUGUGUUGCAGUAUGUACG